GGCACUGACUGGCAUCACUGCUGGGCACUGACUGGCGGCACUGACUGGCACAACCGCUGGGCACUGACUGGUGGCACUGACUGGCAGCACUGCUGGGCUGCACUGGUGGGUGGCACUGGUGGGCAGCACUGGUGGGUAGGCACAGGUGGGUGGCACUGGUGGGCACAGGUGGGUGGCACUGGUGGGCACAGGUGGGUGGGCACAGGUGGGUGGCACUGCUGGGCACUGGAAGGUAGCACUUCUGGGCACAGGUGGGCGGAACUUGUGGGUGGCACUGCUGGGCACCGAUCAUCAGGGCACUGAUCAUCAGUGCCCUGACGAUCGCUGCCGAUCCUCGCUCUGACAACUGCCGGUUCUCGGCAGUACUUUCCUCACGAUCUGACAGCGUGAGGAAAGUGCAGCCGAGAACCGGCACUUGCAU